AUGCUUUUUCUCAUUCGAUUUGCUCAGAUUCAUGAGUCCUUCCGAUUGGCAGAACUCAAAGCUCUCGCGGAGCUCGAGUGUGAAGAUCUCAAAAUUGCGGAACAUGAUGACAAGAAUCCAUUCUGUAUCGUUGAGAUGUCCUCAGUCGAGGCAUCGAAACGAGUAAUAAGUCGAUCAAUUCUGGCCCAGUCCAUUCAUGAACUCUGGGGAUCAGGCUCGACUUUAAAUGAGCUCCACGAGGAUAUCAAAUCUAUACUACCUGAUCGUGGACACUUGUACAAGGAUGCAUCGUUCAAGUUCGAGGUGGAGUGUUUCCAAGGUACGCGAUCGAAGAAGGCUCGGAUGGAAAUCAUUCAUUCCCUCGCCUAUCUGCCGUUUGAGGGUCCUAUCAAAAUGAAAGACCCUCAAGAGCACUUCACCAUCUUCGAGUAUUGGCCGUAUCAGAGUGUUUUUUUGGGCAUCGAAAACCCGGAGAGACUCUACUUUGCGCGAUUUGUCGGAGGGACAUCGCGGGACAUCGUCCAUAAGUAUGACCUGAAAAAGCGAGGGUACAUAUCAACAACGAGCAUGGACUCGGAGUUGGCUUUGGUCACUGCAAACAUUGCGCUUGCGGACUCGGGGAAAUUGUUUUUUGACCCGUUCGUAGGGACGGGGUCUUUCCCUAUAGCAUGUUCGCACUUUGGCGCUACAACCUGGGGCAGCGACAUUGACGGGAGAAGUCUCCGUGGUGAUGGGAAGGAUAAGAGUCUCAAGGGAAACUUCUCGCAAUACGGAAUGAAAGAACGCAUCGGAGACGUUUUCGCAUCUGAUCUCACCAACACGCCACUUCAAUUACGCAGGAUCUGGGACGGGAUCGUUUGUGACCCCCCAUACGGUGUUCGAGAAGGCUUGCGGGUGCUGGGAUGCAGAGAUCCCUUGCUUAAACCGUGGCAACUCGAACUCAGCAAGAAGAAUUACAAAGAGCCCGAUUAUGUGCCGCCUAAGAAGCCAUACAGCUUCUACGCCAUGUUGGACAAUAUCCUGGCUUUCGCGGCGUCCACUUUGGUAGACAACGGCCGCUUGUCCUUCUGGAUGCCCACAGCAAACGACGAGGACCGCGAAAUUGCUAUACCUGAGCAUCCUCGUCUUCAGGUUGUCUCAGUUUGCACUCAAGUUUUCCACAAAUGGUCACGUAGACUGAUUACUUACCGUCGCGUGUCAGACGCUGAGGUAUCUCCAGCGGCUCUGCAAGCCUUUGCAGUGCGCCAACAAGUGACGGUGGAGGGUAGAACGGCGGACGAGCUAAACCCAUUCAGAAAUGAAUAUUUCAAGGGGUUUAACAGCGAGAAGUAA